AUGAUACAUGGCCAAUGGACAUGUGAUUCGUUUCUUCGUAUAGGAAAGGAAAGCAACAUUCGUGAUUUUGCUUUGCUUAAUCAAGAAGGAAACACGAACAAGAAGAUGGGAUUAUUCUCCAACCAGAUCUCGAGAGAUGAACUCAAGGCAGGAGAUCACAUCUAUUCAUGGCGUUCUUAUGUCUACUCCCAUCACGGCGAUGCGAAAGUCAUUCAUUUCACUCGUGGAGGUGGUCUAGAAAUUGGAACCGGAACUUAUCUGGACAAGAUCAUCGUCAGUUCAGUUCCGAAUCAUGGAGGAGACAAACCGUGUCUUGAUUGUGGAGAUCAGUCGAAACUCGAUGGUGUCAUCUCUUCUUGUCUCGACUGCUUUCUCUCCGGAGGAAAACUCUAUAUCUUCGAGUACAAUGUCUCUAAGGCUCUCUUUCUCGCCAAACAACGAGGAGGCACCUGCACAACAGCACCUUCGGAUCCUUGUCAUGAAGUCAUUUCCCGAGCAGAAUUCCUCUUAUCGAGAAACGGGUUUGGUGUGUACGAUCUCGUGGACAACAACUGUGAAGAUUUUGCCAUCUACUGCAAAACUGGUUUGAUUGCGUUAUCGAUCACCAAGUCGGGAAGUAGUACUCAAGUGAACUCGGUGUGUGCAGCAGGUAGUUUUGUUUCUUUGACGCUCAAGGUUUUAGGUGUGGGAAAGAGUGGUCAAGCCGCUUCGAUGGCGUCUCCAGCUUUGAUGGUCUCUGCUGCAACCAAUGCUCUAACUACGACUCUUGGGCUUGUGUAUAGUGGGUUUGGUGCUAUGGCUGUUGUUGGAUAUGGUAACUACUGUAUGGGUCGUCUGAAAUCUGACAUUGGUGUGAGAACCGAUGUUAUCAAAGUUCCUGUGGAAAGGCUCGUUGCAGUUAUGUCAAUUAUUGAUGGCCGCUUGGACAACAACAACAACAACAAGUGUGAACUUAGUUAG